AUGCUCCCGCGAAAGAGACAGCGUCACAACCCGGCAGCAGCCAGCACCGCGAGCCUCCCGACGACGGCCGUGUCGCCGCACGUCGCUACGUCACAGGCCGCGACCUCAGCUGCCUCGGAGCCGGGCCUCGGCCAGCAACACCACCAGCCCCAUAUGCCGCGCCCGCUGCCGUCGGGCCACAGCACCGCGUCGAACCCGGAAGCCGGCCACCAGAGAGAGGUACGCAAGACAAAGAGCUGGUACGGAUCGUGGCCGCGAACUCCCAACAAGGCGUCCGCCUCGACAUCCAUCGCGAGAGAAAACAUCCUCGGAGGGACCGUCCGCUCCAAAGGAACCCCCGAUCUAAGCCGAUUCGAUCCCAAAAAGGGCGACGACGCGGCGAGUCUGCGCAGCACCCACGCCCCGUCUCUCUCCAAGGUCCCCGAAGACGCGCCGCCUCAGUCGAGCACGAACGAACCUGCAUCCGCAAACGACGAGCCGAAGCAGGAGGACCAGCCCGAAUCAAAUUCCCCCGAGGCCGAUAAGAGAGACGGCAACCAAGAGGUCCCUGACCAGCAGACUGCGCUCCCCACCGCGACUCCGGAACGGCCACCUACGACUGGUAGUUGGCUCGGCUGGUGGUCGCGGAUACCAAACACAGUAUUAGAAGCCGAAAUGGCCAAACCGCCGCCACCGCCCGACGAUGCGGCUGACGAGGGCCGACAGGCCACUUCCCCCGCGCAGACAGCAGCAGAGCAACCGCCCGCCGACCCCCCCAAGAGCGAACCGCCACCGCCGUCGUCAUCUUGGUUCGGAUUUCUGGGCAACUCGAGCAAUGCCCCAUCAGCGAAGCAAGACUCUGCACCCAAAGAGGCAACAGCCAAGGAACCCGAAGACGUGGUCAUGGACGACGCGCCGCCGCCUCCGCCGAAGCCGGAACCUGAGCCGGCGCCAAAAGCUGGCUCGACUUGGGCGUUUUGGUCAAGAGACUCUCCCAAGAAGGAUGGCAAGGUGCCUGACCCGGAGUCUGGCGAGAUUGCCGUCAUGGGCGAGGGCUCCGAGGCGCAUCCCACGCCAAUGGCCGAGGGCGACGUUUCCAGCCCUCCGGCGAAGCCCUCCAAGACAGAGGUCAAGGCCAAGGAGGGCAAGUCGACAUGGCGGCGCAGCAAGAGAGCCAGGCCGGCAUCCAUGGACACUGACUCCCAGACGCCGACGCCUCCCAACGGCACCGUUGCAGACAAGGCCGCAGCAGAGCCUGCUAUACAACCACAGACAGAAACAAAAGCCCCAGCCAAGGUCGACACUGCCAAGGCCGUCGCUGAAUCCGAGUCAACGUCUAAGUUUCCGCCCAACUUACUACUCCCAUCCUUCUCGAGCACGUAUCAGAUGAAGGAGGAUCCGUCCAUCAUCCAACAGAUCAAGAGCUUCCUCCUGCGCACCUCCCAACCGCCGGCGAACCACGUCUUCCGCGUCAAGGAGCCGCCCAAAAUUCGCAAGGCCAUCGCCAUCGGCGUCCACGGCCUCUUCCCCGCCACGUACCUGCGCCCCAUGAUCGGGCAGCCCACGGGCACGUCGCUGCGCUUCGCCAGCCUCUGCGCCGACGCGAUCCGGCGGUGGGCUGACGCGCACGGCUGUGGCGAGGGCUGCGAGAUCGAAAAGGUGGCGCUCGAGGGCGAGGGCCGCAUCAGCGACCGCGUCGACAACCUGUGGAAGCUGCUGCUCAACUGGAUCGAACACAUUCGCGCCGCAGACCUCAUCCUCGUCGCGUCCCACUCCCAAGGCGUCCCCGUCAGCGUCAUGCUGCUCGAGAAGCUCAUCGACCUCGGCAUCGUCACAAACGCCCGCAUCGGCGUCUGCGCCAUGGCCGGCGUCGCCUUGGGACCCUUCCCCGACUACAAGUCUAGCAUCCUCAUGGGCUCGGCCGCCGAGCUGUGGGACUUUGGCAACCCGUCGAGCGCCAACUCGCAGCGCUUCGAGGCGGCCAUGAGACGUGUCCUGGCCUACGGCGCGCGCAUCACGUUUAUCGGGAGCAUCGACGACCAGCUCGUACCCAUGGAGUCGGCCGUCUACUCCCCCGCUAGCCACCCCUACAUCUACCGCGCCGUCUUCAUCGACGGGCGCGUCCACGCCCCCGACUUCAUCGCCCACCUCGUCGGCUUCGCCCUCAAGCUGCGCAACCUCGGCGUCUCGGACCACGGCCUCGUGCGCGAGCUCUCCGCCCCGCUCGCCGGCAGCCUCUACUCGGGCGAGGGCCACUCGCGCCUCUACUACGACGCCGCCGUCUACGACCUCGCCGUCUCGCACGCCCUCGAGACCACGUCCGUGCCGCCUGGUACGCCCUGCGAGGUGCGCCGCCUUACGCCCGCGGCCGCGGGUGCAUCUUCGUCGGCAUCGUCGGUCAAGGGCGGCGCGGGCGCUGCGGCUACGGCGGGCGGAGGUGCAACCGGUGGCGGCAAUGCGACGACCCUCCUCGCCAGCCCGAACCCGUACGUCCUGCCCUGGAUCAUGCGCGGCGUCCUGGAGGAGGACUUUGUGCGCACGGAGCUGCACGCCGAGACGGAGGAGCUGCUGCGCAAGUUUGACGACUGGAAGCCCGCCAACAAGGCCCUCAAGGACGUCAAGUACCGGCUCGAGGCGGUGCGCUCCAAGCUGUAG